CCAGGAGGCGUCGACACUGCGCUUGCGCCGGGAGUGACGUCACGCUUUUUGGGUGGAGCCGCGGAACCUCGGUUCCCGGCAAAGCGGGAACCUUUUUCAUUAAUCUUUUUUUUUUAACGGACGUUUUUUUAUUUUUUAAACGGGGCCUAGUCUAGGAAAGCAAGGGUUGCCGUAGCAACCGCCGGGCCUUGUCGCGAUCCGCUUGCGCGGGACCAGCAUGGCGGUGCGGCUGGCUCCGCGCCUCUGGCUCGGCCGGGUGCCAUUCACUCCGCUGCCCGGAGGAGGCGGAGGGGUUGCCGGCGUGCAGGAGCUCUUGGAAAACGCCACCGUCGAAGUGGACGAGAAGACGCGGAAGGCGCAGCGCGCCGCCCCCGAGGAAACCUCCGUUCUGCUUUUCCCCGGCCAGGGCAGCCAGUUCGUGGGAAUGGGACGAGGGCUGCUGCGGUAUCCCAACGUGCGGGAGCUUUUCCGCGUGGCCGAGGCCGUGCUCGGAUACGACCUGUGGAGCCUCUGCCAGGACGGCCCCAGCGCCCGGCUGGACCGCACCGUGCACAGCCAGCCCGCCGUCUUCGUCUGUUCUUUGGCGGCCGUGGAGAAGCUGCACCAUCAGCAGCCCUGGGUUGUUGAGAGCUGUGUUGCUGCUGCUGGAUUCAGCAUUGGAGAAUAUGCUGCCCUUGUUUUUGCAGGAGCCAUAGAUUACGCAGAAGCCCUGUAUGCUGUCAAGACACGGGCUGAAGCCAUGCAAGAGGCCUCUGAAGUCACACCAAGCGGGAUGCUCUCUGUUAUUGGCCGAAGAGAUUCAGAUUAUAAAACUGCUUGUUUGGAAGCUCGUGAAUACUGCAAGACUUUGGGCAUAGAAGAUCCUGUAUGUGAAGUUUCAAACUACUUGUUUCCAGACAGCAGAGUCAUUGCAGGACACUUACAGGCUCUGGAAUUUUUACUGAAAAAUUCAAGGAAGUUCUCAUUUGCACGUGUUAAAAUGCUACCUGUGAGUGGUGCUUUUCAUACCCGACUGAUGAAAUCAGCAAUGCAACCUUUAUCCGAAGCUCUUGAAUCAAUCAGCUUCCAACAACCCCUCAUCCCUGUCUAUUCAAAUGUGGAUAGCAAGAAAUACAGGCAGCCGGAAAAGAUUCGGCAUUGUUUAGUGGAACAAUUGGUUUCGCCAGUGAAAUGGGAACAAAUAAUGCACACAAUCUAUGAAAGGAAUAAAGGGAAAAAGUUUCCUUAUACAUAUGAAGUGGGACCUGGAAAACAGUUAGGUGCAAUUCUAAGAAGUUGCAAUUUAAAGGCUUCAAAAUAUUAUAGUAAUAUUGAUGUUUCUGAAGAUGAAACAAAUGAAGAAACGUAGCGAUUCUUGCAAGAAAUGGGAAGUAAUUUGCUGCCUGCAUAACCUCUUUGCACAGGUUUAUUGUCAUGCCUGGAACGAAAGUAUUCUCCAUUGUAUUUUUGAGCCUUUCGUCAAAUUAACGUAUUUGCCUGUGAGUGCCUUACAUGUAUUUGGUAUGUACCUAUCUAACAGGCCUAAUCCCCUUCACCUUAGUUGUCCUGGUGACACAAGCGAAUAAUAUAAAACUACAUUUGCAGUGUGCUUGACCUAAUGGAGCCUUUUCUUCCACCUGAGGACAAUGCAAGUGUAUGUAUGACAACACCGGUAUGUAGGAUAGUCUGGUUGCACUCCUUUGCCAAUCCAGAACUAGUUUCACAAGGUUCUGUCUGUAGUGUGGCUUCCUGACCUGUAUAGUUCAUGAGGAUAAUGAGCAUGUAUUCUGGCAUUCCCAUUUUUCUGAGCAUAUUCCACAGAUUGACACAAUAAAAAGAUCUUUCUAUAA